AUCUCAGCAACUAUUUACGUACAUUUCAAAAUCUUUUUAAAUUCUUUAAAAAUCUGUUUAAGUUGUUUAUUUUCGAUAAUAGCUAAUUUUGGCUUGAAAUGGCCAAGUUCACAAUUGCAAAAAAGCUGGCAACGCUGUCAUCUGUUACUAAGCCAGUUACUCCACAGUUCGCCAUCACGUCGCUCCCAACGUUUUUCGGUCGCAUUCUCAGACGCUACUACGCGGUGAAUACCAAUCCCAGCAAGAUCAUGGUCGUCACACACAACGUCAAGGGAUACGAAGAGUUCUCCAAGAAGAUGGAGGAGCUGGAGAACGGAAACGAGGCGGUCCACGUCCUCUUCAGUGGCGGCAAGGACGAGAACGGACAGAGCUGGUGCCCCUACUGCGUCAAGGCGGAGCCGGUGAUACACGAUGCCUUGAAGAAGGCCCCUGGCAAUUCCCACUUUGUGCAUGUGGAUGUGGGAGAGCGGGCAUACUGGAAGGACUUGAACUGUCCCUUUCGUAAGGACCCCAACACCCAUCUGAUCUUCUUGCCCACUUUGCUGCGCUGGAAGCAGCCUCAACGAUUGGACGGCGAACGCUGCUCUAACCAGGAUCUCGUCGAGAUGAUGUUCGAAGAUGAGGAUUAAGUCUUAGCGCCAGGGCAGUUUAACGUAUGCAUAAAUAUAUUUUGGAACUUUACUCAAGUUGGAAUACACAGAAGUCUACAUACAAUUAAAGCGUCCCUCAGUA